AGGGGCCUCUAGUCGGCGUCCGACGCUUGCAUGUGCGACACGCGCGGCCGCUACCCGGGAGUAUCUCGCCGUGUUCUCGUCAGGAUGAUCAACUGUGAGCGGCUCAUCGCCGAGGUCUACAAGCGGGAACCCCUCUGGAACAGCUACAACGUCCUGCACAGGAGUGCCGUCGCCACCAGCAAUCUCUGGGGCGAAGUCGCCGAGAUCCUCGGAUCGGAUAGCCACAGCGUGAAGAAAAAAUGGAAAGGCUUGCGCGACUACUACCGAACUGAGCUGAAGAAGAUGUACGGCCACAAACCGGGCGACACUACAAUUAACCUCAACAUCUCCUCGCACCAGGUCUCCACGUGGCCCUACUACGACAUGCUCCACUUCCUUAAGGACUCCAUGCUCAGCUACUACAUCAAACCCAAAACAAAGGAACCCAUCGCUGUCUACCCGGACGACGAGUUCCCCCAGGACCUCACCGACCGCUCCAGCUCCCCCGCAAACUCCGAACCCGACCCUGUGGUCAAACUCCUCACCCCACGCGAACAACAAAUCGCGGAGGUCCCGGAACCAGACUCUCCAGAACUCCCAGAACAUGGCUGCCAGACGGAGGUCUCCUUGCUGCCUGUCUCCGGCCUCCACACCCUCGCGGAGAUCGCGAACGUCGCCGACCCUGCGGGGAGGCGAAAGCGGCCACGGUUGGAGAGGACGUACAGUUCGCAGAUGCUGGAGAUCGAGAGGCAGAGGUCGGCUGUGGAGGUCGAGAGGAGGUCUGUGGAGCUCGAGAGGAGGUCUGUGGAGAAGGAGAUCUGCGAGCCGGAUGAUGAUGACUUCCUGUUCCUGAGGAGUCUCCUACCGGACAUCAAGAUCCUACCGCGGUCCAGGAAGCUCUUGGUACGCAUCAAGAUGCAGGAGAUGGUUUAUAAUGAGAUCAGUAAGCUGGAGAACGAGCUCAGUGAGAACCGACCGUUCAGGGUUUGAGAGGUUCGGGUCUUCGCCAGGGUUUGGGCUCUGGGUGAAAUUUAGGGUGUGAAUUAUGGGGGGGGGGGCGGACAAUAGAUUGAAAGUAGGAAUUUUUUAAUUGACUUCAUAAUUUUGUUUUUUAAAUUUGUCAAAUUAAAAAUAAUGAUUUUUUUCCUUAAGUGUACUCUUACUUAAGUUCCUUAAGUAUAGAGUGUAUUUGAUAGACAUGAUAAGUUAAAAAAAUCCUUUUUUCCUUAAGUUUUUUUUUAUUUAUUUAUUUUUUUUUAUUGAGCUAAGUACUUUUAACAUGCUGAGUAGUCGUCUAAUAAUUCACAUUGAUACAUGACGAGUGAAUUAUAUCAAUCAUUCUGUUUUACCAAUACUGUCCUCCUAGAUUUACUACCGAACUAAAGUGUGGUACGCCAAGUGCGUCGAUCCGUAUUUCACCUCUGAGCCCUCACUAAACCCGAUGUGAGCUGUAAUCAUACUAGCUGUUGUUAAGGUACCAGUAACUUCAUGUCGGGUGCUAAAUUUGCCCAAAAAUUGUGAUAUUUCGUUGAUGUUCUCUCAUUUUAGACGUAGGUAAGAAGGUUAUUUUUCUAGUAGCUCAAGCCUCGGGCUCAUUUCCUCAUUAUCAUGUAAAUACUCUAGUUUUCUAAAUCUCUCGAGUUACGAUAUCCUAGUUAUAGUUUUUUGAGAAUAUUAGUCGUAAGUAAAAUGUUGAUGGAUAGACGUAAAAACUAAAUUUGUUCCUGUUGAACCGUCAUGGGCGCACACAAAAAUAAGCAAUAAAUUAAGGAAUGUUUGAGAUUAAGUGUAAGGUGAUAAUAAGCAAGUAAGAAACCAUUUUUUUCUGGUGCCAAGUAGUUAAGAACACUAAACGAAUGGUGCCAAGUUGACGAAAAUACUCUCGAUCAGGUUUUCUAAUUUUAAAAUCUUCUUAUUAAGGAUGCAAAAUAGGAAUUGGAUCAGCCAUGUUGCCCUUUUCCUUUGAAUUUGAACCUUUUAAUUUUUGAUGCCUUUCUUUUGGUCUCAACUGUAAUUUAGCUGACUCUAAUGUGAAAAGACAUUGUGUUUUUAGCUUUUGGUUAGCAGGUUUUAGUCUGUAGUCUGAAAAAGCCCUGUGAACUCUAAUUUAGAUAAGAAAGUUAGGUUAUUGUUAUUUUUACGAACAUCUCAAGAAAUUAGUCUCAGUUAUUGACUGUAGAAUCUCAUCUGAAUUAGGCUAUUUUUUAUUAUGUGCACCGCGCAUUUUUUUACAAAGGUAUUUUCAUUUUAAAUCGCUGGAAAGCUUGUGAUAUUAAUGAUCAAUAUGAAACGUCCCGUAAACUUUCCUUUCCUCCAAAAUGUGCGUGUCUGGAUUCUAAUAUUUCUUCCACAUUGAAAAUUUGUCCGUAAUUUCUUCUUGAUAAUUUCUUCAAUUCCAGAUGAAAUUGUGUUGUUUAAAUUAAUUUAUUGAAGCGAAAUUAUGCUGUAUACCCAUUUUUUCUCGAAUAGUUUUGCUCAGAUGACUUUAAAAAAUAAUUCAAAUGAAUGAUUCCGUCUCUUCUAUUGCCGUUGCGGGAUUAAAAAUCCCUGCACAGCUACUCAUGAUUUGACACUUAUGUACGUCUUUCAUACCUUUUUUCGAUGUUUAAUAUUUUUUACUGAAGAGUUAUUGAGCAUUCCAAAGUUUCUUCCUGAAUUUACUUUACUUUUGAUCACAAAAAUUGUCCUAUUUUCUUCUUUUCUUCUCUUUUUUUUUCGAAAUUUCUAGUUGUGUUAAUUUUGUGUAAAUUUAUUAUAAAACAUUCCAUUAAUUUUUUUCUUCGCCCUUUCAUUAAUUAAACUUUGCUAAGUCAAAAUUAUUGAUGAAGACAGAUGUCAAAGCCAGACGGGUUGCGAAAGGCCACAUCACUGAUAUCGGUUGUGUUCUAUAUUAGUUUCCUAUUUUAAUACGUACCUAUUUCAAUGUUUGACACAUCACGUUUAAAUGACAAAUUCGCAGGAUGAAAUUGACAACAAGGAAGAAAAGGAAGCUCUCUAAGAAAUGAGACAAUCGCUUCGGCAAAGACAAUUCACUCAAAUGCGAGCCUACCAUGAAAAAUUAAUUAAAAUUAAGUGCUUUACGAUACAGUCCCUCCUCAUGUCAGUCGCCUUUAAUGUUACAAAAAAUGCUGAAGUUUGUUUUUUAUUUAAAUAUUGUUCUUGUAUUUUUUUAAUUUUGUAAAUUGCCCACUGAAUAAAUAGAAAUAACUUUUCUACGAA